UCCUUCCGAGUCCUUCCGUCGUUUUGUCAGCGUCAAACUCGAAAUUGAUGAGUAUGACUCCGCUCUUAUGAUCUUGGUAUCCACAAUACUCCUUUAUCACUUUACCUUGCGUUGACAACUUGACACUUACAAAUACAUCGUCCUAAAUCAAUAUUCGAGCUGAUUUUCGGCCCAUGAAAUUCGGAAAAAUUCGGAGAAGAUAUCGGUGACAGGCUCUCGCGGUUUCUAUUACGCUCGCCCAGAUCCGACAUCCUCGAGGCUGUUAACAUCAACCGAUUUGAAAGUUUUGACAUCGAAAGUAGUCGCCGUGUACGUAAUUUUGUUGCUUGCCGGACCGCUUAGCCGAAACUUUGGCCUCAACGGUGACCUCAAGGAGAAGAAACACUAAGAGACCGACCCAAGCCAGAUGGCUAGAAGGGAUUCCAUCUUGACGACACCUACUUCACCUUUGGCCCCAUUUCCUCCCCUUCCGCCUCCUGAGCUUCGUAGUCGAGCACCAGAAUUCUAUGGGUUCGUCGCAUGGACGUCGACGUCUCUUCUUUUCGUCGUUUACCUCCUCUGGGCAAUCCUCCCAGAUGAAUACAUUGAAUGGCUUGGCGUUACGUGGUAUCCUAGCAGAGAAUGGGCUGUCCUUCUCCCUGCGUAUUCCGUUGUUGUGUUUCUACUGGCGUACUUUGUGUACUUUGCGCUAGCUAUCUACGGUGCCCCAUCUCUUUCGGAUACGUGUACCUUUACUGAUUCGCGGUCUCAUUACCUUCCCAUACGUGGGGGGAAGCAAGGAUACAGCUCAUUUACUCGUUCUGACGCUGUUCCGGACCUGUACGAUAUUCCAAUUGGACUCGUGAACCGUGUCUUGUACAAUGAUGAUUCUUCUACCGACUGAAUGCGGCAUCGUACCCCAAGAAUACUCUAUUUCUAGCUGGUAAAUUUUGG